AUGAAUCAUAGAAAGAGUUUAUCACCGUUUAGUGAAAAAGUGAGAGUUAUUUAAUUUACUUGUUUAAGAUUGGAGUUCCUUUACCCAUUAGUUAGUGAACCCCUAAAAGUGAUAGUGUGUGAAAAACAUACCUUCAUUGCUAAACCUUAAGAUCAAAGAUAUGCAAUUGUUAACUAAGUACAAGAUAACAAAUUAUCAGACAUAAGCUAUUGAAGUUUUUAAUCAUAAAAUCAAAAUUGAAAUCUAAAACUUAGGGACCUCAUAAUUAGAUUUAAAUACUUACUAGGCCUUUUCAUUAGAAAAAGUUCCAAUUUAUGAUAAGAAAAAUCAGAAAUAAUUGAUUGGAUUUCUAUGCUUUAAGAUAGAUGAAACAUCUAAAAAGACUACUCCAAAUGCUAGCAUUUAAAAUUCAAGAGAACAAUCAUUAAGUAAUACAAUAAAUUAAAAUAGAUUUUGGUUCAAAUUUAUUUACCAUAGCAUUUAGUGAUUAAUCAUAACAAUAAAAUUCUAAAUAACACAAUUAAACUUAAAAGUACUCAAAUGAAGAAAUUAAAAGAAAUAUUGAUUAAAUUGCGCAAAUAUAUGAAGAAAUGAGUAGAGAAUAAAAUUAAUUAUUAUAACAAGACUUAAAAUUAAAGAAAUUAGACAAUGAAAUCAAAGACUUGAAUUAAUAAUUAAAGUCUUUACAUGAUUAAGAACAUCAUUUAGAUUUAUAAUUUAAAAAAUUGUAAACUCAAUCUCCUUAGUUAUAAAUGUUAAUUAAUCAAAAAAUAUAAUAACAAUAUUCAAUACUAACUUUUAAGAAAAAAUAAGAAAAUCCAAUUUAAAAAUAAUCACCCUCAUAAAUAAUUAGAGUAGAUUAAACUAGUUCAAGAUAAAAAAAAACUAAUGUUCUUCCAUAAUAAGUAACAAUUAGUUUAAUUGAAUAAGAAAAGUUUAUGAAAAAAUAAAAUAAAGAACCUGAAAUUCCUGUCAAUAUGUCUAUACCAUUUUCUUUUAAUGAAUAUUUUAGUUUAUUCAAAAAUUGA